UCCUCUUUCUUGUCUGCCACCAUCCCUCUGCUUGAUAUCCAUCUUGUCCUGAUCCGUGCUCUGUGUGGUUUUGCGUCCUCUCAAUCCUUCACCAUUCAUUCACGCCUACUCUCAUGUGCAGUCCUGUUUGGUUCUUUGCGUUAUUCAGCUCAGACAGAAAAGCAAGGGGAUUUUUUUACCCACUCAGUUUAUUUCUCGGAGGAAAAAACACCCUGAAAGCCUUUUAGAAACAGUCAGUUUGGAAGAAUUUCUGACUGAUACAAGCGGGACGAAUGAGACAGAGUCAGUAAUUUAAUUUAUUAUUUUACGCAUCAACAAUCGCACGUAGCCUGGAGAGGAUAAAGAGGAAAACGCAUUGUGGGUUUUUUUUUCCUGAAAAUUUACUUAGCUUUGCGGAAGGUGUCGCCGCGGUGGAGCGAGGGGGAUUUAAUAAGAGGAACUAAUCCGAUGUCAGUGUUAAGUUUGCUGAGGUAGGGUACCUGUCGGAGAAAAAAAACACAUAACGAAGAAGCACCGUGGAAAGCUACGCGUCAUUUCCAAGACACCAGCGCAACAAGCCAACACCAUUACACCAGCCUGCUGUGUGAAUGGCACACUGGGUAUCUUCCUCUGUUGAACUGGUGCAGGGUAGCCACGCUGUGACCAGGGUCCAGCUGAGAUCCAGGGCUUUCUAGCGAUAUGAAAGAUAAGUUCAUCUCCUGAGGCCACAACUUCCACACUGAGCUGACUCACUGGCAACUGCACCCAGAGGUUUGGGUACAGCUUCACAUGUGAUUGAACUCAUCAGAAGACUCACCACGCUGCCAUGUUCCUGCACAAGCGUAUCCUCAGUUUCACUCCACCUUGCACACCAUAUAUGUUCUUCUCCUUUCUGGUGGUCCUACUCCCAGGAGUCACUCAUUUCUCCCAAGGCAGCGCCAGCCACGACGAUACUGGUGGCACACCAGGCAACUGCUCCAGUGAAGACAACUGCUCCGAUGGCGUGGUGCUGCCCAUGUGGAACCCCCAAAACCCUGCGGUGGGCGACAAGGUGGCACGUGCAAUUGUUUACUUUGCAGCCCUCAUAUACAUGUUCCUGGGCAUGUCCAUUAUCGCAGACCGCUUCAUGUCUUCUAUUGAGGUCAUCACCUCUCAGGAGAAGGAGAUCACCAUCAAGAAGCCCAACGGCGAGACGACGACGACUACCGUGCGCAUCUGGAAUGAGACGGUGUCCAACCUGACUCUGAUGGCGCUGGGCUCAUCUGCACCGGAGAUCCUGCUGUCUGUCAUUGAAGUGGUUGGCCAUAAUUUCGAGGCUGGAGCUCUUGGUCCCAGCACCAUCGUGGGCAGCGCUGCAUUCAACAUGUUCAUCAUCAUCGCUAUCUGUGUCUAUGUGGUGCCAGAAAACGAAACCCGCAAGAUAAAGCACCUGCGGGUGUUUUUUGUCACCGCUGCCUGGAGCAUUUUCGCCUACAUCUGGCUCUAUCUCAUCCUGUCUGUGGUCUCCCCUGGGACGGUGGAGGUCUGGGAGGCUGUCCUCACCUUCCUCUUCUUCCCUCUCUGUGUGCUGCAAGCCUGGAUUGCAGACCGGCGCCUGCUCUUCUACAAGUACGUCCAUAAGCGUUAUCGUGCUGACAAGACCCGUGGCAUCAUCAUCGAGUCAGAGGGAGAUGCCAUGUUCACUAAAAUGGACCUGGAGAUGGACGGCCAGGGCGUUAACUCCCACACUCACCCCAAAGAGGCUCUGGAUGGGAUGCUGGAGGGGAUGGAGGAAGGUGGAGGGAUGAGUGCGGAGCAAGAUCAAGAGGAAGAGGCCCGACGAGAGAUGGCUCGCACACUAAAAGACUUGAAACAGAGGCACCCAGAGAAGGACAUGGAGCAGCUGAUUGAGAUGGCCAACUACCAAGUGCUGGUCCAACAACAGAAGAGUCGGGCCUUCUAUCGUAUCCAAGCCACACGCAUGAUGAUCGGAGCUGGGAACAUCUUGAAGAAGCAUGCAGCUGACCAGGCCAGGAAGGUGGUGAGCUGUCAUGAGGCCAGUGGGCAAGAGGAAGAUCCCAACACCAUCUACCUGCAGUUUGACCCCUCUCACUACCAGUGCUUUGAGAACUGUGGGUCACUGAAGCUGUCAGUGACCCGGCAUGGAGGCGAGAGUGGCUGCACAGUGAAGGUGGAUUACCGCACAGAGGAUGCGACUGCCAACGCCGGCUCAGACUACGAGUUUGCUGAGGGCACCUUAGUCUUCAAGCCUGGUGAGACAACAAAAGAGUUCACCGUUGGUGUUAUUGAUGAUGAUAUUUUCGAAGAGGACGAGCACUUCUAUGUGCGCCUGAGUAAUCCACGUAUCGUGCACCGAGCUGAGGUCGCCGUCCUGGAGCCAAGCUCCAUCACCUCCAGCAACAGCACAGUUGGCCUCUCCCAUGUCCCUCCGAAGGCGGCUCUGGGCAGUGCUCACAUUGCCACAGUUACCAUCUACGAUGAUGACCACGCCGGCAUUUUCACAUUCGAGAGCAACUCCACAAGGGUCAGCGAAAGCAUCGGAAACAUGCAGGUCAAGGUUCACCGGACGUCUGGGGCAAGGGGGAAGGUGGCGGUGCCCUACCACACCGUUGAGGGCACUGCCAAGGCAGGGGAGGACUACGAGGAGGUGUCCGGCAAGCUGGAGUUCCAGAACGAUGAGACCAUGAAGCUGCUGAACGUGAAGGUCAUCGAUGACGAGGAGUACGAGAAGAACAAGACUUUCACAAUUGUUUUGGAGGAGCCCAUUCUGCUGGAGGUCGGGCAGAGACACGGAGACACCAAUGAUAACAAGACAGCAGUGGGACCGGAGGACGUGUCAAAGAUGGGCUGCCCCUGUCUGGGCGAGCACACAAAGCUGGAGGUGGUAAUUGAGGAGUCCUAUGAAUUCAAGAGCACGGUGGACAAGCUGAUCAAGAAGACGAACCUGGCUCUGGUGGUGGGGAGCAGCAGCUGGAGAGAGCAGUUUGUUAGUGCCGUCACUGUCAGUGCAGGUGACGAUGAUGAGGAAGAGAGUGGGGAGGAACGCUUGCCAUCCUGCUUUGAUUACAUUAUGCACUUCCUGACAGUUUUCUGGAAAGUCCUCUUCGCUUUUGUCCCACCCACUGAGUACUGGAAUGGCUGGGCCUGCUUCUUCGUGUCCAUUUCCCUCAUCGGCGUUCUGACAGCUGUGACUGGGGACUUGGCCUCUCAUUUAGGCUGCACCAUUGGUCUUAAAGACUCGGUCACCGCUGUGGUGUUCGUGGCCCUCGGCACCUCUGUUCCAGAUACAUUUGCGAGUAAAGUGGCUGCCAUCCAGGACCAAUAUGCUGAUGCCUCCAUCGGCAACGUGACGGGCAGCAACGCAGUCAAUGUGUUCCUGGGCAUCGGGGUGGCGUGGACCAUCGCCUCCGUUUACUGGCAUACCAAAGGCAAGGUGUUCAAGGUGAACCCAGGCUCCCUGGCCUUUUCCGUCACCAUCUUCACUGUCAUGGCGCUGGUGUGUGUGUUGGUGCUGCUCUACCGCCGGCGUCCCAGCGUGUCAGGCGGAGAGCUCGGGGGCCCACGGACACCCAAGCUCCUCACGUUCUUCAUGUUCCUCUCCCUCUGGUUCGUCUACAUCCUGUUGUCCUCCUUAGAGGCUUACUGCCAUGUGCCUGGUUUCUGAGACAGAGGGAAACACACAGACACGGCUCUUCUCCUUGUUUUUACAGUCUAAAAUGUGUUUUCUCUGUUUUUGUCUAUUUUCACAAAGGUUUAUAACUAUUUGUAUCAUUAGUUAUUAUUGAUAUCGCACAAUAUUUGAUUGACUUUGAAUCUUUGGACUUUGGAACUUUGCUACCACCCACUAUGCUGUGAAGUAUAGCUUAAGCCACUGAAAUUUAACCUCUCCUCAACUUUUCUUCCUUUUUUUUUUUUUUUUUUUUUUUAAAUACUAUGUUCCACUGGACAUUUAUCUUAUCAUUAAUAUCAGCAUAAAUCGCAUCAAACGUUCUGUCACUUGAAAUGUGAAGCUUCUGGCAACAUAUCUUCUCUCUGUGUGGAUAAUUAUUUGAGUUUUUAAGUGUUAAGAAAGCACAAGAUCAAAGCAGUGUUUUGGAGGGUGAUAUAAAAUGGAAAAAUUAAACAUUGUGCAUGGGACGACAUUAUACUUGACAUUUACAUGAAAGGAAAGACAUUACUGAGGCUGAGGUGACAUAUUUGUGUGUUGAUAUUUAUUACUCAAUCUAUACAUUAAUUAUUCAUUGUAUAUCAUGUAAAAGAUGAACAUUGUGUGUGGGAGUUUUGUGAAAGAGUAGGUGUGUUUAUUUUUAUGCACGUUAUCAGAAUAAGAGUUUCUUGGUAAUCUAUUUUAAAGUACUGUAUGUAAUAUUUUGACAUGGCUGUUGACGUGUUGACGUGUUCUGUACAUGUGAAUCACAGCUGUAACAUAAUAUUUUCACUGCCUGAUCCCCCUUUCCCACAACGCUUCCUCAGUCAGUAUCAUGUUUGACUUAGCCAGGGUUGAAAUGCCUUUUUUUUUUGUUUUGAUAACAUAAGCCAAUCUUGGAGCACAUUUAGGAUUUUUGCGUGUGUGGUGUAUGUGUGUGUGUGCGUACUUCUCCUUUCCAGCACAAUUUGGUGAAAGGUGUGGCACUACUUCGUUACUGACUCCACAAAGAGUAGGUGACAAAGAACAAACAAAAAAUGUGGUCCGACUACGGACACAAGACGGACACCAGUUUUCUUAUAUGUCACACUGACACUGUGAGCAUUUUUCAACAUCACUUUUAGAAAAAAAGCACAGCAAAGAGAGCAAAGGGUCACUUUCCACAUGAGUGUACAAAGAGUUAUUAGGUCCUAAGCAUAGCACAAUCACUGAACAGGUCACCUGUGAUGAAAAAUGUGCUAAAAGAGAAGACAUGUACAGUACUUCCUGAGAGUGUCUCCUUGUGUCACACAGCAGUUGAUAUUGAAGUUUGUUUUUUUAUUUAACCUAGAAUCUGUAGAGCCAUAUUUAUUGUAACAGUAUUACAGUAGAGGUAUUUAUAUGAUCAAUUUUAGUUUUAUUGAUAUGCACGUUUAAUGUACAAAAAGUGGAAAUAA